UCUCCCGCGCCCAAUGUUUUUUUUGUUUCUUACAUAUCUAUCUUUCCUGUCUGCAUUCAGAAACCAAAUCGUUGUUGUCGGAACAACGGACAAUAGGAGAGAUGGCCGGCGAAAACGCGGCGGCGAAUGCAAUAUGUUCAAUCUGUUACGAAGAUCUAAAACCGGUGGCUGAGAAUCUGCAAUCGAUCUCCGCCUGUGGCCACGUCUUUCACGAACUAUGUUUGCAGCAAUGGUUCGAGUACUGCCCGAGCACGAACAAACGAAACUGUCCGAUUUGCAAGCAGAAGUGCCACCUAAAGGAUCCUUUCCGGCUCUACUUUCAAUCUUCCGGGAACCAAACCGAUUCGAUUGCAUCGCAAAAGGUUGAGGAAGAUCCGGUCUUGUUGAGAGGAGAAGUGAAGCGGCUCCAAGGGAAGAUACAGAACCUUGCUUCAGUUCUGGAGGGGCAGCAAAAGCAGAAUCUUGAAGUCUCCGACCAGUUGCAUCAGUGCAAGGAGCAAUUGAAGGAGGACAAAGCAAGAAGGUGGGAGGCUCUACAAGAGAUAUCAACGACACAACUCUUGCUUAAAGUAAAGUCAGAGGAAUGUGUUCAGCUUACUUCUAAGUGCGCUAAGCUACAAGACAGAACUAUGGCUCUUGCCAAGGAGCUCGCUGCGCUUAAACUGGUUUCCGAUCUAAGCUUGGAUGAAGAUGAUGUUAUGAAGCUCGCCAUGCUAGGGAAUAAUGCAAAGACCAAAGAUACUAUAGAUACACUUGUCAAGUCCUUGGUUAUCCGAAACAGGAGUUAUAAAGAGUUGCUGGCCAAAUGCAAUCAGCUGGGUAGAGGAGAAGCUCGGUCUUCUGAGAAACUUGAGAAAGCUAUGGAAAAGAUGGAUAGACUAAAGAAGCGAGUGAGGGAACUUGAGAUGAUCGCUGAAGAGAGUGAGAACAGAGCUCUAAGGGAUAUAAAAGUUUCAAAGAACUGCAGUGACAGACAAGUCUCCAAGCCUGCAACAGAGAGCUUUGUUUCUUUCAGAAUGCCUCCAUCAGGCAACAUAGUUGAGAAAAUCUCUACACCACUUGGUAAAUUUGAGAAGAAUGAUGGCUUCACCAUUCCUGAAUCGUGCUUAAGGGGAAGAGGAGACUCUAUUUCUCGCAAACCAGAGACGGUUAUCGAGAUAGAUGAUGAUGUUCCUGAAACCACAAAUUCUGGCUUCAGAUAUUCGGAUUCUGUUAUGAAAGAUGAGAAGAGUGAAGAUAGUAAUGUUCAGGAUGAUCCCGUGAUCAAGGAUAUAAAGUUUAACAUCAGAGAAAGUCCAGCACCAUCAUUCUCAACUCGGAACAAUGGUGCUGGAGACAUUUGGUUUUCAAAUGGAAACAAUCAAAAUCUCAGAAGAUGGGAAACGAGUCCUUCACUAGGAGGUCAUGUCUCAGGCAAGAAUGAUCUAAUCUCUGUUGGACCUGAUGGGAAAGGUGGAAGAAUCAAGGUGUUGAGAUCCAAACCCCAAUUUUCUAACGCCAAUGCAAGCUCAGGAAGUGGUAAGAGAUUCAAGGUUGGAAGUAAAACAAGUGGUUCGUCGUCUCAAGGCUGUCUGCAGAUCGAACAAUUUUUUGGGAAAUCCAAUCGCUAACAUUUCGAGGCCUAAAUGAGAAUCUUAACUUUUUGGAACAAAAAAAAACACCAAAGCCACCCAUGUAUUGAUGUCAAACUCUUCAAAUGUAAUCACAUGCAAAUAAAUACAUGGGCUGUUUUUGUUCUGGAUAAGAUUUAACCAUAUAAUGUAUGCGGAGUGUUUGCGGCACAUAAGAAAACCUCACAGUCUCGCACUUAUUAUAACUUCCGACUCACGGAAACAUUGAGAUUUGAGCUACAGAUUU